UCGAGCGACAACAACGUCCGGCUUUCCGAGUUGGCGGCGGGAAAGGCCAUGAGUAAAGGACGGGCGGAGGCUGCGGCGGGAGCCCCUGGGAUCCUCCUGAGGUACCUGCAGGAGCAGAACAGACCCUACAGCGCCCAGGACGUGUUCGGGAACCUGCAGCGGGAACACGGACUGGGCAAGGCGGCGGUGGUGAAGGCGCUGGAGCAGCUGGCCCAGCAAGGCAAAAUCAAAGAGAAGAUGUACGGCAAGCAGAAGAUCUAUUUUGCGGACCAGGACCAGUUUGCCAUGGUGAGUGACGCUGACCUCCAAGGCCUGGAUGCCAAAAUCGUGGCCCUCACUGCUAAGGUGCAGAGCUUACAGCAGAGCUGUCGCCACAUGGAGGCUGAGCUGAAGGAGUUAACUAGUGCCCUGACCACACCGGAGAUGCAGAAAGAGAUCCAGGAGUUGAAGAAGGAGUGUGCUGGCUACAGAGAGAGACUGAAGAAUAUUAAAGCAGCCACCAACCACGUGACUCCAGAAGAGAAAGAGCAGGUGUACAGGGAGAGGCAGAAGUACUGCAAGGAGUGGAGGAAGCGGAAGAGGAUGGCAACAGAGCUGUCUGAUGCCAUUCUGGAAGGAUACCCCAAGAGCAAGAAGCAGUUCUUUGAGGAAGUCGGGAUAGAGACAGACGAGGAUCACAACGUGAAGCUCCCAGACCCUUGAGGGGUCCCCCGGCAAGAGCCGGGG